CGCUAGCCUUGAGUAAAGUCCAAUGGGGAUCGCACAGAGAACGACCAGACAGGACAUUCUGAGAGGGAGCUUUGCAGAAACUGGUCCUUGCACAUAAGACAAAGGAGCCCAGAUUGAAGCUAUCACCCGAGGUCUGAGUUGCGAUAUCAUGGAUAUCCUUCACAGCUGGGGGGUUGAGCUGACCAGUCAUCUACAGACCAGAUACAGCAGGUACGAGGGUCUGUUUAGCCUCGCCUCUGCCGUGGCCGAUCUGCACACCACGUUCUUCUGCCUGUUUCCUGUGUGGUUCUACAUGCGCAAGGACACAGGGGUCAGGCUAAUCUGGGUGGCUGUCAUUGGAGACUGGCUCAAUUUAGUGCUGAAAUGGGUUCUUUCCGGAGAGAGGCCGUACUGGUGGGUUCAUGAAACCCAGUUUUACGGAGCAGGAAAGGCCCCAUCGUUGCAGCAGUUUCCUAUCACAUGUGAAACUGGACCGGGAAGCCCUUCGGGUCAUGCUAUGGGUGUAGCUGGUGUCUGGUAUGUGAUGGUCACCGCUCUGCUUUCAAUUGCAAAAGAAAAACAAUGCCCCUCUUUAUUAUACAGCUUGCUGCAGAUCGGCUUGUGGACCUUAAUGGUUGUGGUGGUGCUGAUCGUCUGCAUGUCCAGGGUUUUCAUGGCGGCUCACUUCCCACAUCAAGUUGUUGAGGGAGUCAUCACAGGCAUAGUGGUUGCUGGUAUGGUUUCCAAGAGGAAGUGGAUGUACAGUGCCAGCAUGAGCAAAUACCUCCUCAUCACCCUCUUCUUGACUUUCUUCGCUAUUGGCUUCUACCUGUUGCUUAAAAUUGUAGGAGUGGACCUGCUUUGGACCCUAGACAAAGCCCAGAAAUGGUGCCUCAAGCCAGAGUGGAUCCAUCUGGACACCACACCCUUUGCCAGCCUCCUACGCAACAUGGGUAGUCUGUUUGGUCUUGGACUGGGACUGCACUCUCCCUUCUACCAUGGGGUCAAGAAGAACGCAAAUGCUGGUUUCAAGAUGGGGUGCAUUAUGACCUCCUUGUUCUUGCUUCAUCUCCUGGAUGGGUGGACCUUUUCCUCGGACAACCACACGACUUUCUAUAUCCUAUCUUUUGGUAAGAGUGCUUUUGCACUUUUAAUCCCAACUACCUUAAUUCCCUGGGCUCUUUGUAGGAUUUGCAAAGGAUUGGAGUUGGAUAAGAACUUGUGAAUAAGGAACUAGCUGUUCCUUAUUUGAAAGAAAACUGGGGAAACUAGCACUAAUCAUUAAUCGGUGAGUUGCUUAAACUGUGCUGGAGAAAAGAAAUAGGAACCAGCUUGUUUUAUUAAAAAAUAAAAGCAAUCCAAACUUUCAUAAACAACCAUACCUUUUGAUAAUCAGAAGUCAAUAUUUUACUUGCAAAACAAAGUAGCAGUAUCAUUUCUAGUUGAAAAGAUGCCCUUAGGGGCAUGAGCCUAAUUAUCUUUGAAAUACUUUCCUUGGACCUUAAAUGACAAAACAAGAAUAGCACUUGAGAUAUACAUGCUAUACCUCAAGUGUAGAUAUAGCACUUGAGUUAUAGCAAUCUAUGCUAUCUAUGUGAUAGCAUAGAUUAAAUGCUAUCACAUUUAAUCAAUAUGAUAGCAUAUUGAUUAAAUGUCCCAACCAAAAUUUGAGCAUCUGUCCCACAUUUCUGUGCCUGUCUCCUCACUCUCUCCUCAUUAGGAGGAAUUUCACAAAUUACCCUCAUAAGCUGAGCUAAAAAACUAAAAUUGACACAGGCCUAGUUUGUGUCAAUUUGCUGUUGAGGUAAUAUUUUCAACACUGUAUUUAGCAGUCCAAAAACAACCUCGAGAUUUGCUUUACAGAUUGUGAAGAUGUUUUAAAGAGUCUUUCAAUGAAAAAUUCACACAUUAACAUGACAAACAUAGCUAAUUAUUAGCAGAUGAUAAGCUUUUAUUGUAAUAUAAAAGCUUAUCAUCUGCUAAAAAGUCAAUAGUCUUUUUACAGUUGAUAUACACUUUUUUGUUAAUGUUUACCAAGGAAGAUGGUCUAAUUAUUUUUGCUUAACAGAAUUAAGGGACACUAAUACUUUAUGAGUUAGCCUGUCAAUUUUACUUAGCUUCUGACGAUGGCUAGAAAAAGUGUUUUGUCAACUGAGGUCACGUCUUAAUAUGUCACUUAAAAAAGAGUCAGUGGUAGUUUAUUUGUUUUCAUUUUCAUUCAAGUUUUUAUUUAAGGCGAUUUUACAAGUCGCCAGAAUUAGCAAAGCUAGCGGCAAGGAAAAGGUUGGCUUUAAGUUAUUUGUUCAUCAUAUUAAAAAAGUUACAAAAAACAAAUCAAUAGUUUUUUAUAGUGCGCAAUUGUACACAUUUAUUCGUAAAAAAAUACUUUGAAAUUUCAGUGGAGGGGAACUUACAAAUAAGUAGGAUAAGCUAAAGUAGGAGCUAUAACUUAAUUAGCUUAGGGUGUGAAAAGGGCUAAACAGAUUAAUUUGUGUCACAUCUUUAGCCACAGAUAGUGACGUGUAGAGAAGCAGUUCCCUACCACAAGCCAUUUGCAAAGCAAAUCUUAAUGCAUGUUUACACAUUUUAUACAGACAUUCUACAACAACUGAAUUCCUUUAUGUCAUUGUAUAUCUCACACAAAAAGUCCAGAUUUCAGUCUGUGAUUUAAUGAAUUAUGUGCUUUUUCUAUAAUGAUAGCAACGACUAAAAUGUUUUCGGGAUGACAACAGAUUGCUUUGUGUAAUGAUUUGAUCUCUGUGCUUUGGUCAUUAAUACUAACAUCAAGAGGUGAUAUGUUGAUGGCAUUAGAAGAGAUAUUGGAGAGAUGUUAUUUUUCUAUAGAUCUUAUAGACUAUACUUUUAUAGUGUGCAGUCUCACUGAUUCCAGUUUGUGCAUUUGAUUACAAUAAAAGUGACAUUGUUUGAUGCCAUUAGUUGUUACUAUUUGGUGAAACAAUAAUGUUGCAUGUUUUAUUUGAACAAGCAAUAUCCAGUAUUUUUCAUGCCUCAAAGGAUAAUUCUACACCUGUUUUUUUUUAUUUAUUUCAAACUCCUGCUCCCAUGAUGUAUGAGAACGCAAGUCUUGUCGCAUGUCACUGUCUUGUUAAUAAAACAUGUUAAUAAAAGUCUGUCGUUGUUUAACAGAUUGUA